AUGGGGGCACAGCAGUCCUCGGAGCACUCUGACGCUUCAGGCGCCGCUCCCGUUGCAAAGACAUGUUACUACGAUCUGCUUGGCGUUGAACGUUCAGCAACCGACGACGAGAUCAAGCGAGCUUACCGUCGAAAGGCUCUCGAGCUUCACCCCGAUCGCAACUUCAACGACGUCGAGGAGGCCACCCGUCGCUUCGCCGAGGUCCAGUCCGCAUACGAGAUCCUAUCCGACCCCCAGGAGAGGGCAUGGUACGACUCGCACCGCGAUGCCAUUCUGAGCGGUCAGGAUGGCGACGGCGCAGAUGGCAAUCCAGCAACGUUCCGCAAUGUGCGACUUACCUCGGCCGAAGAGAUUAUGAGCUUGAUUCGCAAGUUCAAUGCCGCUGUACCCUUUGACGACGAACCCACGGGAUUCUAUGGAAUCUGCAGGGAGACUUUUGAACACCUGGCUCUUGAGGAGGAGGCGGCGGCCGAAAACGAAGACGUCGACAUCCGGGAAUACCCAACAUUUGGCUCUUCUGACGACGACUACGAGACAGUCGUCAAGCCCUUCUACAAUGCUUGGUCUGGCUUCUCCACUGCCAAAUCCUUCUCUUGGAAGGACAAGUACCGCCUAUCCGACGCCCCCGACCGCCGUGUUCGCCGCCUGAUGGAAAAGGAAAACAAGAAGAUGCGCGAUGAUGCCAUUCGCGAGUUCAACGACGCUGUAAACUUUCUCGUGAGCUUCGUGCGGAAGCGCGAUCCUCGGUAUCUGCCCAAUUCGCAAUCACACGCCGAACGCCAGGCUUCCCUACGGAACGCCGCCGCCGCACAAGCCGCGCGGUCGCGUGCUGCAAAUCAAGAGCGCAUGGCUGAGUACGAAGUCCCCGAGUGGGCUAAGUCUCGGUCGUCCGACAACGGUGUCGCAGAGGGGAGUUUCUCCGAGUCUGAAGAGGAGGAGAUCGUGGAGAUUCUUGAGUGCGUCGUGUGCAAUAAGUCGUUCAAGAGCGAGAAACAGAUGGAGGCGCAUGAAAGGAGCAAGAAACACAUUAAGGCUGUCCAACAGCUCAAGCGACAGAUGAAGCGCGAAGGCGUCGAAUUGCAACUUGAGGAGGUUGAUGCCACGCCUGCGCCGGAGGCAGCCGAAGAGGGCAAGCAUGAUCCCAUUCCGGAAGAAAAGGUGAAUGAGGACUCGGACAAUUCAGAGACAUUAGCCGGGAAGAGGUCACCCCCCUCUAAAGGCAAACACCAAGAUCCGAGCCCAGCGGAGUCUGCCGAUGUGUCUGAUGAUGGCGACUAUGCGCCCCGAGAUGUUGUCGAAGAGAGGCUUACGUCCUCCAAUGCAAUCCAGGAGGCAGCGAAUAACCCUGAUGAAGAGCUCUCUGCUGCUGCCAAGGACCUUUCCGUUGAUGAGCCCUCGCAAGGCAAGAAGAUAGGAAAGGCUAAGGCCAAACGCGCCAAGAAAGCUGCGGCCGCCCAAGCCCAGCAGGAUGAAGGGCAAAAAUGCGGAGUCUGCGGGGAGACCUUCUCUUCCAGGACGAAGCUCUUCACACACAUUCGCGAUGAAGGCCAUGCCUCGUUGAAACCAGUAGCCGGAGGCGGCCAAAGGAAAAAACGCUGA